AUGGAUGAUGGCCGUCAACAUGAAAAUGAUAGGCAUAAGAUGGAAUACUAUAGAGGAGCACAUUCCCUGUGGAAUACUGAUUCCCAGCAUCAAGUGAAAGAGCCAAAUGCACUAGUUAUGAAUAAGAAGAUUAGGUCCAUUAUGGCUGAAAGGCAGGCUGCCAUUCUAGAACUUGAACUAGAGACUGCAAUAUCUGAAAAGAAUGAAGCCUUGGCUGCUCGAGAUGCAGCCAUUCGGCAGAGGGAUGAAGCACUUGCUCAAAGGGAUAAUGCCCUUUUGGAACGGGAUAAUGCCCUUGCAGCCCUUCAGAGUCGGAACAAUUCUGUCAACUUUCCAUUUGGCAGUGGAAUUCAAUGUGGAUCGAAACGAAUGCACCAUUCUUCAAACCAUCUAUCUAACAUGUCUGAAUCCACAUACAAAACAAGGGACAUGAUGAUAAAGGAUGCCUCCCCAGUGAGCGUUACACCUUCUGAAGCUGUCAAAUCUCAUCAAGCAAAGAGAACAAAGGAGAACAAGGUAAUUACUUCCAAGGCAUCAAACCCACCCUACAAAGUAAAGAAAAUGGGUGAGGAUUUAAAUAGGAAGGCAUCUUUUGAAGGUACAAAGAUCAGAUCUGAAUGGCAUAGGCAAGAUGUUGGCCUGAAUUUGGUUACAUUUGAUGAAACUACCAUGCCGGUUCCAGUUUGCACAUGUACUGGCACACCACGACAGUGCUACAAAUGGGGGAAUGGUGGAUGGCAAUCAUCUUGUUGUACCACAACAUUGUCUAUGUAUCCAUUACCACAGCUUCCAAACAAGCGCCAUGCUCGCAUUGGAGGACGAAAGAUGAGUGGGAGUGUCUUUACGAGACUUCUCAGUAGGUUGGUGUUAGAAGGCCAUGAUUUAUCUAUACCGUUAGAUCUUAAGGAGUACUGGGCCAGACACGGAACAAAUCGCUACAUCACUAUCAAGUAA